GCUCGGCCCGCGCCCCGCUCCGCUGCCGCCGAGGCUCCCGCAGCCCCGGCGUCCGCCCCACUGAGCCCUCCCCCGGGGGCCAUGGGGGCGCCCCCGGGCUACCGACCCUCGGCUUGGGUGCACCUGCUCCACCAGCUGCCCCGCGCCGACUUUCAGCUCCGCCCGGUGCCCAGCGGCUUCGCGCCCCAGGAACAAGAAUACCAGCAGGCCCUGUUGCUGGUGGCGGCCUUGGCAGGCCUGGGCUUGGGCCUGAGCCUCGUCUGCAUUGCUGUCUACCUCCUCCGCUUCUGCUGCUGCCGGCCCCCAGAGCCCCCCGGGGCCAAGAGCCCCCCGCCUGGGGGAGGCUGUGUCACCUGGAGCUGCAUUGCUGCCCUCCUCGUCAGCUGCGCUGGCAUUGGCAUCGGUUUCUAUGGCAACAGCGAGACCAGUGAUGGGGUGUCCCAGCUCAGCUCUGCACUGCUGCAUGCCAACCACACACUCACCGCCAUUGACCACCUGGUGAGGGAGAUGGUGGAGAGGUUGGACGAGGCCGUGAGGACAGAGCUGACCACACUGGAGGAGGUACUGACGCAGCGCACGGAGCUGGUGGCGGCCACCCGGGGGGCUCGGCGGCAGGCGGAAGCCGUGGCCCAGCAGCUGCAGGGGCUGGCCUUCUGGCGGGGAGUGCCUCUGAGCCCCCUGCGAGUGGCCGAAGAUGUGUCCUUUGUGGAGGAGUACAGGUGGCUGGCCUACGUUCUCCUGCUGCUCCUGGAGCUGCUGGUAUGCCUCUUCACCCUCCUGGGCCUGGCGAAGCAGAGCAAGUGGCUGGUGAUUGUGAUGACGGUGAUGAGUCUCCUGGUCCUCGUCCUGAGCUGGGGCUCCAUGGGCCUGGAGGCAGCCGCAGCCGUGGGCCUCAGUGACUUCUGUUCCAGUCCGGACACCUACAUCCUGAACCUGACGCAGGAGGAGACCGGCCUUGGCUCAGACAUCCUGAACUAUUAUUUCCUCUGCAACCAGGCCGUCUCCAACCCCUUUCAACAGAGGCUGACUCUGUCCCAGAGAGCUCUGGCCAACAUCCACUCCCAGCUGCGGGGCCUGGAGCGAGAAGCCGUCCCCCAGUUCCCUUCUGCGCAGAAUCCUCUGCUGUCCUUGGAGGAGACGCUGAAUGUGACAGAAGGAAACUUCCACCAGUUGGUGGCGUUGCUGCACUGUCGUGGCCUGCACAAGGACUAUGGCGCAGCCCUGCGGGGCCUGUGCGAGGAUGCCCUGGAAGGCCUGCUCUUCCUGCUGCUCUUCUCCCUUCUGUCUGCGGGGGCCCUGGCCACUGCCCUCUGCAGCCUGCCCCGUGCCUGGGCCCUCUUCCCACCCAGUGACGACUACGGUGACACAGACGAUGACGACCCUUUCAACCCUCAGGAAUCCAAGCGCUUCGUGCAGUGGCAGUCAUCUAUCUGAGCCCCUUCUCCGUGCCAGACUGGAGCCUGCUCCCUGUCUCUGUCCCUUCCCCGGCUGCCGGAGAAGACCCCACUCACCCAGCGUCCCUGGGCUCCCACCACUAACAGCGCCCUGGCCACAGGCACCUUAAACAGGACGGCUUCCCGGCCCCGCCCCCUCUACGGGACCCUGGCCCUGGAAGUAACCUGAGGGGGCAGGCCAGGGCCUGGGGCUGGCCGGGCAGGGGCAGACAGCCCGCCCCACAGCUGCUCAGCCCUGAGGGGCUGUGAGGGGCCCCCCCCCCGCUACACCCCAGCGGGCUUCGGGCCCCUGAUCGCCACCUGUGGCAACAACUUGGGAAAGGGCUGAUUUGAAAUAAAAGGGACAACUUUAUUUU